AUGUUAGGGCACAGCGUCGCCAAGGUGGAGCCACCAGGCGUCGGGGACGCCAUCCGGAAAUGGCGCAAGCUGGACAGCAACGGCACCAGCCUGUGGUGGCAGAGCAUUGCGCGGAACAAGCGGAGCCUCGCGCUGGAUCUGCGGUCUACAGCGGGCCGCCAGCUGCUGCAACGCCUCAUCAGUAAAGCAGACGUGCUGGUUGAAAACUUCAAGCCCGGCACCUUGGAGCGCUGGGGCAUGGCUCCAGCUGUGCUGCGGGAGGCCAACCCAAAGCUCAUCGUGGCACGGGUGUCCGGCUACGGACAAAGUGGCCCAAAGUCUCAAGAGCCGGGCUUCGCCUCAGUGUGCGAGGGUGUGGGCGGCUUCCGCUUCGUGAAUGGAGUUCCUGGGCAGCCACCUGUGCGUCCGAACCUAUCCAUGGGUGACACCUUGGCGGGUAUGAACGCCGUGCUUGGCAUCUUGCUGGCGCUGGUGAAGGAGAGCAGGGCGCUCAGCUACGUUACACGGCCGAACGAGUCCUUCUGCGCAGCAUUCUACAGGUUGCAAUGGCCUAUGGCCGUCACUCGUGCCACGGGCUAUGAGUAUCGGGACCGGACCAUGGCCGGGCCCAGCCUCUCCAAGGCGCCGAGCUGCGGCUGCCUGCCGGCGCUGAAUGCGCUGCGCCGACCGUCCUUGCCGUCGGUGAGCGAAACCACACUUCACACAAGCCUGGCAAAGCUGGGAUACGAUGAGGAGGAUGCCCUCGAGGUGCUGUGCAGCCCUUUGAUCAAGACAGAGCACCUCAAGUUGCGCCUGGACGAGCUCCCUGCAGCGCUGAAGGAGGACCUGGUGAAUAGGCUGGUGGCCUUUGAUGAGGAGCCGGAGGUUGAGGCAGCACCAGAGGCCCUGAAGGUCUUCGCCUACGGAACUUUGCGUGGCGACUUUAGCCUGCAGGGCGAUAAGUGGGGCAUCCUGGCGCUGAGCGGCGCCUCGUGGGAGCCGGCCUUCGUACAGGGCUACCGCUUGCGUCAGGAUCCCCGCCUCACAUACCCAUUCGCCGUGCACACGGGUGUGGCCGCCGACAUCAUCGUGGGAACCGUCAUCUCUUGGCCUUCCGAGCAGGUGGCCCGCAAAGAUAUUGCAAAUUGUAAUCAGGUGGAGGGAUACCGGCCCAGCCAACCUCAGGCUGGUUUGUAUCGCCGGUCUCUAGUGGAAGCCAUGCCGAUAAAGCCUGGCCCGGUGAUGAAGGCCUUGAUCUACCAUCAGGUGUGGCCAGAGGACCUUCUGAAGGCUGCCUGGGAGUUUCCAAACGGGGACUGGCUGGCACGCUGA